AUGAGUCAGAAAGACGCGAACAAAGUGGUGACGGUUGUUGCCUACUUGUGUCAAGGUGACAAGUCAAAGGAAAUAUCGUACACGGAUGCCAAAGUCAUAGGGAACGGAUCAUUUGGCGUUGUGUAUCAAGCCAGACUCCUGGAAACUGAUGAAAUAGUCGCUGUAAAAAAGGUUCUUCAGGACAGGAGGUUCAAGAAUCGAGAAUUGCAAAUUAUGCGUCAGCUGGACCAUCCAAAUAUUGUGCAGUUAAAGUACUUCUUUCACUCUGUGGGUGACAGAAAAGAUGAUGUCUAUUUAAAUUUGGUCCUUGAAUUUAUUCCGGAAACCGUAUAUCGUGUUGCCCGAAGAUAUGCCCGUCAAAAGGAAACAAUUCCUCUUUUGUUUGUAAAGCUAUAUAUGUACCAACUUUUCCGAAGUUUGGCUUACAUACAUCAUAAAGGUAUUUGUCAUCGGGAUAUAAAACCCCAAAAUUUACUUUUAAAUCCAGCAACAGCUGUUUUGAAAUUAUGUGAUUUCGGAAGUGCGAAGGUUUUAGUUCGCGGUGAACCUAACGUUUCUUACAUAUGUUCCCGUUAUUACCGGGCUCCUGAAUUGAUAUUUGGUGCUGUGGAUUACACAUGUCAGAUUGAUGUUUGGUCAGCUGGUUGUGUACUUGCUGAACUUUUGUUAGGUCAGCCAAUUUUUCCUGGCGAAAGCGGUGUAGACCAGCUUGUUGAAAUUAUAAAAAUCUUAGGUACUCCUUCCCGCGAACAAAUUCACGAAAUGAAUCCUGACUAUCGGGAAUUUAAAUUUCCACAGAUUAAACCUCAUCUCUGGUCAAAAGUUUUUCGUCCUCGCGUUCCAUCGGAAGCAAUUCAGUUGGUGUCACAGUUACUUGACUACACACCCUCAAAACGUUUAGAACCGUUAGAUGCUUGUUUACAUUGCUUUUUCGAUGAGUUAAGACAAGAAGGAACUAGACUUCCCAAUGAAAGACCUCUACCUCCAUUAUUUAAUUUGACACCCUACGAAAUGACUAUGCGAGAUGAUAUGUACAAAUUUCUCCCACCUUCUCGAACAUCCGGAGGAGCUGGGGGAUCAGAGUCAAGUUUACCACCUACUUCGGAUCUUUCAAUGGUAGAACAACCACAACCGCAUCAUAUAACAGAUGCUGUUGAUCGCACGGGACAAAAUCACAAUCCCUCUACAUCAGAAGGGAGUAAAUUAUCGGAUUCAGAAAUUCGAUUAGCAGUUGUAGCUCCAUCUCGUAGUUCGGAUAAUAUACAACUCAUAUCAAAUAACAGUAACAACAAUGAUAAUAACAACAAUAUUGA